AUGGCGGGUAUUUUCCGGACGAUCUAUGACUGGCUCUUGAGGAUGUUCUGGGCGACCGAGAUGGACGUUACCAUGAUCGGUCUUCAGAAUGCCGGAAAGUCGUCGCUGUUGCGUGUGCUCGCGUCGGUUAGCUCUAUUCCAACGAUCGGCUUCAAUACCAAGCGGGUCCAAAAAGGACAUGUGACGCUCAAAUGUUGGGAUCUUGGUGGGCAGCCACGGUUUCGACCCAUGUGGGAGCGUUAUUGCCGCGGCGUCAACGCGAUCGUUUAUAUCGUCGACGCCGCGGACAGGGCGGCUCUGCCCGUGGCGACUGAGGAGCUGCACGAGCUGAUGAACAAGCCCACCUUGGAUGGAAUCCCUCUCCUGGUUCUGGGAAACAAAUCCGACCUGCCCAACAAGCUAUCUGUUGACGACCUGAUAGAACAGAUGAAUCUGAAAUCGAUCACGCGGCGCGAAGUGAGCUGCUACGGCAUCAGUGCAAAAGAGGAGACAAACCUUGACGCGGUCUUGCACUGGCUGAUUGCGCGAGCUAGCCGGUGACCAGCUAACGUCCUUGUCCUAACAUAUGAGGUUUGGCAGGCUGGCUUGUUCCGGCUCCGUCUUGACUUUUGAACGCUCUGAUGCCCUGAACGCCCUAUGACCAUGUAGAUACCAAGACUGUGGCCCGCAGCCCACCAAUUAUGAUGUUGACGAUAUGAUUGCAUUUUGGGAUGUCUUACGAUUUUCCGCCUGGGUCAGUAUCAUUGUCCAAUCUCGGGCGGUCUUAUGCCACUCGUUUAUUUUUUUUUUUUUUCUGCGAUUCAAUCUGUGAUUCCUUGAAGAUGCAUGCAAGCAAAGCAUGUUUUGUAUUUAAUCCAGUCAAUCUAGGCAGGCUUUCAGCCUAUAAGACGAAUGCGACGACAAAGUAGUGCAAGCUGUAGG